AUGUCGUCUUUUUACGGUCCAGUACCCGAGCCGGAUCCCGGUCAGCCUUAUAACAAAUACCACUGGGUGAAAUCAGCCAUGCAGAAACUUCAAAGCGGAUGCCUGAAAGAAGUCCCAUUGGAGGGAGUUUGUUCCAUGAACCUCAGCACGCCUCUGGGUAUGGAGAAUGGAGACAUUCUCAAUAGCGAUAUCGCUGCAUCGACGAUCGGUUUAGAAUACAUACCAAGCGGAGCAAGACUUAACAACGAAGUUUAUCCCCCUGGGUGGUGCGCAGGUUCUGAUGACUCGAAUCCAUUGAUACAAGUCAACUUCAAAGCCAAAAUUUAUGUUACUGGUCUGACCACCCAGGGAUCCAGCAACUCCGCCUAUGUGAAAACCUAUAAAGUUAAGUACGGUGACUCCACAGCCACAUUGACGUACGUGAAAACUUCCGGUGGAAGUGCUCAACUGUUCAUCGGUAAUUCUGAUAAAGAUAGUCACGUCACCAACCGGUUCUCGUCAAUGUUGCACGCUCGGUUCCUGCGCAUCAACCCGGUUUCAAAGGGAGAAUUUUAUUACUGUCUGCGCUUUGAGGUGUUGGGAUGUCGGUAA